UUUCUCGACACCACCUCAAAAAAUCUGGUGUGCUUAAUCUGGGCUGCAAAUAAUAUUUUGGGGAAGCAACCUUUUCUUAUAUUCCUUUCCUUCUGUUUCGAGAGUUUCUGAUUAUUCGAAACAAGGAAGCCACUUCAUUCAUUCAUCAUAAAAUCGUCGUCAUCAUCAAACGAAAAGGAAGAUUUUGAUUGACCAGCGGCGCGGCAGAAGCAGCUCCCAACCCGCCUUUUCUAGUACUUAAAUCUCCCCCCUGUCAAGUAAUCCCUUCUGCUCAGCCACUGGGCUUCGCCAUUCCGUCCCUCAUAUUCUGGCAUACUGACUGACACAUAAAUGAGUAUUUGCUGAAGAAUUGGAGAAGCUCGGGAAAUGCUCGGUAGUGGUGCCUGCUGAAAUGCACGCCGGACAAGCUUCCUGGCACAGGUUUGCUGCACGCCUUGGCAAGUAUAAGCGGACACCACUUGAAAAAGCCAGACAUCUCGACAAUCUUCCCUCGUAUCAGGCCCAAAAACUAUUAGACGGUUCGCACCAGCUUCGCAUCGACUCCCACCACGUUGGUAGUGCAGGUCACGGUGCAGGACAAGGUCACGGACACAAGAAAGAGUUCGGACCUGCAAUGAUUCUCUAUUAUUUAGCUUCUGCUUUUCGGGCGCUCUAUCCGCGUCUAGAUGAUGAUUUUGUGGACAAACUUAAUUAUUAUUAUACUACUACAAUAUUAGCUUCCUUUGCACUUCUUGUUUCCGCCAAGCAGUAUGUCGGUUUUCCCAUCCAAUGUUGGGUGCCCGCCACAUUCACAGAUGCCAUGGAGCAGUACACUGAGAACUACUGCUGGGUACAGAACACAUACUGGGUUCCCAUGCAAGAGGACAUUCCACGUGAAAUUUAUUCGCGUAGAAAUCGACAAAUUGGCUAUUACCAAUGGGUGCCGUUUAUUCUUGCUAUUGAGGCCUUGUUGUUCUACGUUCCAUGCAUUCUCUGGAGAGGAUUGUUGUAUUGGCACAGUGGUAUCAACCUACAAGGGCUAGUCCAGAUGGCGUGUGACGCACGACUGAUGGAUUCGGAAAUAAAGACGAGAACAGUCUACACAAUGGCCCGGCACAUGCAAGACGAGCUCACCAAUAUCGACCGGCAAGGACACAGUCGGAGUUGUUUCUCGAAUUUGCAACUUGGCGCAAACUGUGGGAGACAUUGUGGUUGCUACGUCACUAUGCUCUACAUAGGAAUCAAGGUUCUCUACUCAGCAAAUGUGUUGCUCCAGUUUUUCUUGCUGAACCAUCUUCUUGGGUCUAACGACUUGGCUUAUGGAUUCUCUUUGUUGAAAGACUUGAUGCACGCGAUUGAGUGGGAACAGACUGGAAUGUUCCCCAGGGUCACACUUUGUGAUUUUGAGGUUCGAGUUCUGGGAAACAUUCAUCGACAUACCGUUCAGUGCGUGUUAAUGAUCAAUAUGUUUAAUGAGAAAAUUUUCUUAUUCCUCUGGUUUUGGUUCUUAACCUGUGGAAUUGUUACCGUAUGUAACACUAUGUACUGGAUUCUCAUUAUGUUCAUUCCGUCUCAGGGAAUGUCAUUUGUCCGCAAAUACCUCCGUGUUCUACCUGACCACCCUGCGAAACCAAUAGCUGAUGACGUCACGCUGAGGAAGUUCACUAAUAACUUCCUCCGCAAAGAUGGAGUCUUCAUGUUGCGAAUGAUUUCCACACACGCCGGCGAACUGAUGAGCAGUGAGCUCAUUCUUGCUCUCUGGCAGGAUUUCAACAACGUCGACCGCAGUCCGACGCAAUUUUGGGAUGCGGAACACGGUCAAGGGACGAUAGACUGAUCUUCCUCUAGAACUAUGUAUAUCACUUCUAAUUCUUUCAUCAGAGCUUCACCAAGACAAGAAAUUCUGUGUGUGUGUGUCUUUUGUUUUGAAUUCUAGUCUGUUUUAUUUCAAAUUGCGCUUUAACAAACUUGCUUUUCACAAACCGGUGCAGUGUCAUCAGAAAUCUCUUCAAAAAUUUAAACUUCAGUAUUAAUAAUCAAAAUUCAGAAAACCUUUCCUUUUCCAUUUCACCUCAAAACUUCUCUUGUUCUUUCAAAAGUUCAUCAUCAAGAUGUAGAGUAAUUUUUUUUUAAAUUUUCAUCUCUCUUUCAAACUGACUCACAACAAUUAAACUACCGGAAUAUAUUUCAUAUUUUCAGUCUCUCAAAAAAUUGUUGUGUGGAUUACACGUGUCUUAUGUUGUGACUUGCUACCUUAAUUUCAGCUUCUCCCCCCUUUUGACUUUCCCUACGAACUCAAUUGAUCUGGAUGAAAAUCUCAUUUCAUCUUGCCAUAUUUCAAAAUUAAAUUUGCCAAAAAUGUGUUAUUCUAGUCCUUUCUUUAUAUCUGAAACCUGUUCAAGACUGUCUCUAUGAACCAUUUCCUAUUAUGCGCUUUGCAUGUUUCGCAAUAUGAUAAUUCCUGAUUAUUUCUGCAUUUCUCGAUAUCCCAUAUUUUCUCUUUCAACCCCCAUUUUUUUCCUCAAAAUUUCCUCCCAAUUUCUAGUUGAACAAGAUAAUCUUCUCGGUUUCAUUCCUCUCUCAGAUUGAUGUCUUUUGUUCACAUUGGAAUCGUUUCAAAAAAAAACACGUCUAAGAAUUUUGAUGGCGAUUAUGAUAGUUAUCAUAAAUCAGUGAAUUAAGUAGUGAUAAAGCGGCGGCAACUGAAGAUUCUUGAAACGUGUGUUUUGAUCCGUUUUCAUUGUUGUUUUUUUUUCAAUUUUUUUGAUUAUUAUCGAAUGAAUAUUGCAUAAUAGAAUUUAUGGAAUCUGUAA